ACGUCAUUCUAUCGUGCACGGCAGUAUAAAAGCAUAUUUAUAAACACGCGUUGAGAAUACACUUAUGUGUGGAAACAGUGCGCAUGAACACGUUCAGAUCAUUACCGCAACACAAACACAUCAGUGAAUGAGCUUCUCAUGGAUCCUGUUGUCAGACGUAAAGUCCCUGCUUGUGUUCGUUCUUUACUCACCGACAUUACACCAAAGCAGGAGGAAAACCUGAGUGACUGGCUAGAAACAGACUCCGAAUCAAUUACCAGCAAAGAUGGGAUCGCACUUCCCAAGAGAGGCACUUCUGAAACUCUCCUCACCCCUGCCGACGGGACAGAAGGUGACGGAAAUCCCUCAUCAAGCAAACCAUGUGGACUUUGCUUAUUAAAACAGUCUUCCUACACCUGCCCAAGAUGCAACGUCCCGUAUUGUGGUUUAGCUUGUUACAAGAGUCAGAAUCACUCCAAAUGCUCGGAGGAGUUUUACAAGGAGUCUGUGCUCCUGGAGCUCAAAUCCAGAGGAGCCACAGAUGAAGAGGGGAAGAGCAAGAUGCAAGAGAUCCUCCUCCGGCUCAGACAGAGCGCAGACACCGAGGGUGGGAUGGAGAACUUUUUAAGACACUUAGGAGAAGAUGGAACCAAUGUGACUGAAGGAGACACACAGGCUUUGGAUCUGCUUUCCAAGUUGGCAGAGCUUCAAUCUGGUGGAGAUGAAAACAGUCACGAGGCACAAGAAAUCCUGGCAAAACUUGAGGAAGCCGAUGAUAAUGAUGAUGAAGAUUUAGCUGAGAAGUUAGCUGGAUUGGAUGUUGAUUCUCUUUCUGAAGAGCAGCUCUGGUCGUUGUUGUCCACCCAGGAGAAGGAGAAAUUUGAGAAUCUGCUAAAAGUUGGCGGCAUCGCUGGGAUGGUUGUCCUGUGGAGACCCUGGUGGGAGCAACAUGAGAAAGAAACUAAAACACUGAUUGAAGAACUUCGGAUUGAGAAUCAAGAAGAAGUGCGCACUGCGAAAAAAGAAAAACCCCAAACAGUUGCCAGCGAUGCUAAACAAUUAGCAGUUCCUCCAAUAAGUGCUAAAAUCCCCCCUCUUCACACGCUAACAUCAAAUCCAUCUCCUCUAGUGCAGUUCAAUCUGAUCAACGCUCUUUACGGAUACACUUUCUCUCUGUGUCUCUUCAAUGGAGAUAUUUCCGACACAUUACUGGAGUUCAGUCAGGCGCUGGUUUUAAUUUCAGAGUUCUUGGGUGCUGGACGGGUCUUUAACUCCGUCCCGGAGGCUCUUGACGCUGGGAUUAGAUCUGUUUCUGCUGGUGGAUAUUUUGACAGCCAGGACCCUUCAGCUCCUAUUCGAGCUGUGGAAGCGGUGGCUCAUGUGUUGACGGGACGGAGCCGAGAGGAUGUUGAGGGAUACACACUGUCCGCUUUGUCGCAGCUGCGCUCGGCGUUGAGCAAGGCAAAGAUGGCUGCUGCUAAAGAACAAGACGAGCAGAUGAGACGGCUGUUUUUUCAGGCUGGAAAGAAGUGCGAGUUCUUUCAGUCUUGGGUGAAGGAGAAUCCUGAGGUUUUGAGGAGAUUGGCUGGAAGUGUGUGGACAGACUUUGAGAGAAGGGAGGUGGAGAGAGAGACAUUAGAAGAGGACAGGAAACUGGUGGAAGAGGCACGGGAGAAAAGUAGAGGUAAAGGUGCACUGAUAGAAGAGGUUGAGUAAGAUUGUGAUUGUUAAAAGUAAAGAAAUUGUUAAUAAAAGCAUUUAUCCCUAAUGCCAUUAAAGAAAAGUGGGUUAUUAUUACAUGGGUUACAGUUUACAGCAAAGUCCUUUGUUACCAAAUUUGCUAAAUACUGUAACAAAUGUAUUGCUGUUUACUGUUUAAAAUAAGGUUCCAGGUAAUGUUGGCUAGUGCACUCAAAAACAUUAAGUUUGCUGUUCAUUCAAACUACUUAAGCUGAAACGACACAAUUCUUGAGUUUUUUGAGAGACAACCUAAUUGUUUUAUGUUCAAAUUUGUAAAAUAAUAAGUUAACUUCAUUCCUUCAGGUUGUCCAGCAUUUUGUACAGUGUGUAUUAACUGAUAUGAUCAAACAAUGAACAAUACAAUAACUGCAGUAUUUAAUCAUCUUUGGUUACAUUAGGUAAUGAAAAUAAAGUUCAUUGUUAGUUGUUGCUAACUUUGGAUAAUGCAUUAGUAUGUUGAAGUAACAUAAACUGUGAUUAAUAGAUGCUGUGCAAGUAAUGUUUAAAUACAUUAAUGUUAACUAAUAGAACCUUGUUUUAAAGUGUUAGAGCAAUCUUUAGUGAUGCUAAUAAAUAACCUGGAACAUUAGAAGUGAAAAAGUAUCAUUGCUUUGGAAUACAGACCUGAUCUCCUUAAUGAAAUCUCUCUGCAGGUUAUUGUUGAAGUAAAUUAAUUUGAUAAAAUUCAAUUGCAAUGUGAUACAGUUUUUAAUGUAAUUUUUAAUAUAUUAACAAAAUGUUUUGGAGUAUAAAAUUUAAGCUAUCAUUCAAUCAAACUUGAAGUUAAUUCCACCAAAAUCAAGGUUCAGAUGAUAUGCACUUUACCAUGAAUAGCCAGAGAUUACACCCCAAUUUUACAGCAUUCAAAAAAUGAAAUCUCCUGUCAAAAAUCAAUCUAUUUCGGUCAUAUCAUCACCUUUAAGACGUACAGCAAAUAAGAAACCUUAAACGUCAGACCUUUCUAAUGUGACC